CAGAUUGCCGGUCGCGCCAAGCUAAGUUUGAUGUUUGAAUCUUAAGUUAUCGGAUAUUGGAACUAACUUAACAAGUGUGCUACAGCAGAUUAGUCAUGACUGUUGCUGUUCCGGGCGAAAGUGCUAGAGAGAAAGCACUAAGUUACUACAGACGUAAACUUGUUGAACAUAGAGGAAUAGAUGCAAGGCUCAAGGAAGCUCGAGAAAAAUCCAAAGCGAUUUCGAAAGAGUACGACAAAGCAGAGAAUGAUUUGAAAGCGCUCCAAAGUGUUGGUCAGAUAGUAGGUGAUGUUUUGAAGCAGCUGACUGAUGAUCACUUCAUUGUUAAAGCUAGUAAUGGGCCGCGAUAUGUUGUUGGCUGUCGACGCAGUUUACAAAGCAGUAAAUUAAAGCCAGGCACUAGAGUUGCAUUGGACAUGACCACAUUGACAAUUAUGCGCCAAUUACCACGCGAAGUCGACCCACUAGUCCAUAAUAUGUCUGCAGAAGACCCAGGUUCUGUAUCUUAUGCUUCCGUUGGUGGUCUGGCUGAUCAAAUUCGUGAACUCAGAGAAGUAAUUGAACUCCCGCUUAUGAAUCCAGAAUUGUUCCAUAGAGUUGGUAUAACCCCUCCCAAAGGAUGCCUUCUUUAUGGUCCACCGGGGACUGGGAAAACUCUUCUAGCACGUGCUGUAGCAUCACAACUUGAUGUUAACUUUCUAAAGGUUGUAUCCAGUGGUAUUGUUGACAAGUAUAUUGGUGAGUCAGCUCGUCUUAUUCGAGAAAUGUUCAAUUAUGCACGAGAUCAUCAACCCUGCAUUAUUUUUAUGGAUGAGAUUGAUGCAAUCGGCGGUCGUCGUUUCACUGAAGGUACAAGUGCUGAUCGUGAAAUUCAACGUACUUUAAUGGAAUUAUUAAAUCAGAUGGAUGGUUUUGAUGCACUUGGUCAGGUUAAAAUGAUCAUGGCAACUAAUCGUCCGGAUACCCUUGACCCGGCUCUACUUAGACCUGGACGUUUAGAUCGCAAAAUUGAAAUUCCUCUGCCUAAUGAACAAGCUCGAAUGGAUGUACUAAAGAUACAUGCAGCUCCAAUAGCCAAACAUGGUGAAAUAGAUUGGGAAGCAGUUGUUAAACUAUCUGAUGGAUUCAAUGGAGCUGAUCUACGUAACGUUUGCACAGAAGCUGGUAUGUUUGCUAUACGUGCAGAGCGAGAUUAUACAAUAGAAGAGGACUUUAUGAAGGCUGUACGAAAAAUAGCCGAUGCUAAGAAAUUAGAAACAAAAUUAGACUAUAAACCAGUCUAAAUAUGGGGAUAUAUUAUUUUGCAUGCACAUUGCUGACAUAUAAAAAAAGGUUAUUCAACAAGUAUUGAUUUUCAAUAAAACAAACUUUGUUUUAUUAAUCAACCUAUUAAAGUGUUUAACCAAUAAUUACUUGUAUAUUUCAGUUGUUAUGUUUUAUGUAGUACAAGGUAAAAUAGAAAAUGUAAUUUACUGGUCAU